ACGCAACACAUCAGAGCCAAAUUCUCCAAUCGGAGACGGAAAGCAAAAAUCAAAUGGCAACACCGAUCAGCAACAACGGCGACGACGGCGAUACCGACGGCAUCUGCUCGUGCAGCUCCAAGACGAACUGGACAAUCGCCGGCGGCUCUCUCGAAACUUCUAUCACCUACGAGUCUUCGGACUCACCGAUCGACUCCGAAACGGUAGACGCGAAAGGAAAACCUACUCUCGUUUUGAAACCGACGUCGCCUGACUGUGGCCCGUGCGAGAUCACGUUGAAUUUCACACAAAAGCACGAGAUCCGUCAGGUCUAUGUCCGGAGUACAGCUCGCGUCUAUGAGAUCUACUUUGCACCUUCUCCACGGAGUAGCAAUGAAUAUCUCUGUACCGUACGCUGCUGCAUUGCUACUAGAGAUGAUGAAGUACUCCAUGCACCUGAUGCUGAAGAAGCUGUUGGUGCCAAUUCAAAUGUGUCUGAUGGAGAACAGUCUAAAGAGAAAUGGAGUAACGAUGGUACAAUUUCCCCGACCUUAGAUGACUGGAUAGAGGUGAAAGUCCCUGAUUCUGCAUUUCUAGAUAAGCAACAUAGUUCAAUGCCGGAAAAGAUUGGUGCGAACCCAGGAAUUAGUAUUCAGGAUUUUUAUGAGGCCACGGCAGAGAUUACUAAUGCAGAUGCUUGCACAUCCCUAACAAUUCGUUUGCUAUCACUUCAAAGUAAAGGUUGCCUAUAUGUUGAUGAAAUAUAUGUAUUUGCUGACCCUGUCGAAUCAGCUGAUUCAGAAACUCCAGCAUCUCAGGUUCCAAACUCAACUGGGAGUUCUCUUAUGGCCAUGCUUGUCCCUACACUUUUGCAACUGUCUAGAACUGGUAAUAACCAAAGAGAAGACAAACAUGAUUCUGAUACAUCAGAAACAGGUGUAACUGAUUCAGCCAAUAUUGUGCAUGAAAUUCAGCACGAAGUAAGCAUAGCUUGUCAGCAAAAUGUGAAACUGCAGGAAGUGAAUGAGGUGACACCUGAACCUCCUGAAGUUCGGAUUCCGGGUGAGGUUUCAGAUAUAGAGAAAAGGAAUCAGUUUGUUGCUAAAACUGACAUGCCAUAUGAUCGUAUUGAGAGAACCCUGGAACAGCUUGUUUCUCGAGUAAGCAGGAUAGAAGAUAUUUUGCUGACAUUUCAAGAAAACAUGCUGAAGCCUAUUUGUAGCAUGGAGACAAGGCUCCAGCAGGUAGAGCAUCAAGUAGAAAUGCUUACCAAGACUUCCCAAUCUUCUGGAUUGCCACCUUGUACAAGAAUAUCUGCUCCUGAAUUUUCAUGCGAUGAAUCCAAUUACAGCUCCUUUUAUAAUGAGGGUGAUGAUUAUGCUGCUUGUGGGGCAAUUGAGUUGGAAAAGAAGGAUUUAGCUUCUGAUAAGUGUUCUAAUCCACCUGAUAAUAUUUCUCUCUCAGUGAAUGAUACUCGGUUUCUCCCUAGUCUUGUGAUAACUGCCCCAGAGUUUUGCAGCGAUGAUGAGGAAAACAGUGAUGGUAUGGAAUUACCAGAAGAGAUACCAAAGCAAGCUUUGUCAAUUGAUGAUGCUUUAGCUGCUGCACUUGCCGGAUUCUUAUCUACAGCUAGCAUCCAGCCUUCACAUUAUUCCCCGGCAGUGACAGUUCAAGUUCCUGAAUAUGAAAUUGAGGAAAAAGGCAGUGAUGGAAACGUAGUUUCACCUAGUGCUCAGAGUGACAAGUCAGCUCCCACCACCUUGUCAUGUGAAUCCAAUGGAAAAGAGCGUGUAAAUGAUUCAGUUUCAAAUUCCAGCCACACUUCUUCAAUACUGUUAAUGGAGCAAGUGAGUGGAGAUUUUGAUGAAAUAUCUGGAGUUGAUGGACAAGACAUGAUCGAUGAAGGGAGUACUAGUUGCAGUUCUCCGGGUACAAGUGUUAACUAUCCAACUACUCAAACUGGACUUGAAUUUGGACAGACAGAGUAUUGUCAGACUGCGGAAUCAACUUCAGUUUGUGAAAGAAGUGAGAUUCUGCAACACAUUGGUAAUCACACCGAGGAUACAUCUGGCGCUCUUCAUGAAGAUGUUGAAGAUGUCGUAGAAGGGUCUGAAAAGGAAAUGUUUCAUGAUGUUUUCAAAUCUUCUGCUGCUGCCACUUUUUUAGUGGAUUUUGAACUUCCUAUCCUGGAUGUCAAAUUUGAUUCCGGGGAAACAUCCGACACUAAGUCUCCUCUUGAAGCGCUUUUGACUGACAUGUCUGAAUUCGAAGUUGGAACUCCUCCUGUCCAGCGAAGGGAUGAUGAGUUUUUAAUUGGCGAGCAAAAUAACCUAAUUCUUGUGGAGGAUGGAGAACCAUAUAGUCCUCUGUCCGGUCACCUUCUUUUCGUGGAUUGUUAUGAGGGAAGAGAUGCGCCUUCUGGCAUGGAGGGGGUAGCCCUUCAGUAUUCUUCUGAUAUGAGUGACGACGACGAGAAGAAAACGUGUGAGUUGGAGACUCUUUAGGGGCUCUCUUCUGGACAGCUGCAUUACUCACUACAUGAUUGUCCACCUUCAAUUUAUUAGUUGUUGAUCCAUUUUCUUUUGGGGUGCCACGCGGUAUGAGUUAAUACAUGGGAUUUUUUGCGAUAGAGAUCGACAUGAGUCACAUGACAGUGGACACAACUUGGAUGAGUCCAUUUUCGGGUCAAACCCUUUUCCUAAAACACUUGUCCAUCAUCAUGAAUGAGCUUCUAAUUACGUGGUUACCUUUCAGCAAUGGAAGCACAAAUUUGAGAUGCUCAAUUUCCUGAAAUUUUA